AUGGGUUUCCCGCCCCGGUGGUGUGCUUGGAUUAGAGGUAUUCUGUCUUCGGCCAGAGCUUCGGUCCUCGUUAAUGGGUCGCCUACCUUCGAUUUUCCUUGUCUCAAAGGGAUGCGGCAAGGGGACCCGUUAUCCCCGUUUCUUUUCCUCAUUGUUAUGGAAGCGUUGUCGUUCCUCAUCAACAAAGCGGUGGAGAAAGGUAUUUUAAAGGGGAUUUCUCUUCCUAAUGGUGGGCCGUGUGUUUCCCACCUUUUUUUCGCUGAUGAUGCUAUCAUUAUGGGGGAAUGGUCAAGUGAUAACGUGAAAGCGGUGAUUCGGUUCCUGAGAUGUUUUUACAUUUGCUCGGGUUUAAGAAUGAAUAUCAAGAAGUCGAACAUUUACGGUAUUGGGGUGGAGCGCAGUGAGGUGGAUCGGGUGGCGGAUUCUUUGGGAUGGUUCUUUUGUUCUAGAAAAGAUGGUCGUAACAAGAACCUCCUCACACUCACCUUCAAAACCCAGGGUCGUUUCUUUGGUGCUAGAGGCAAUAUUUGGUAA